AAUAGAUCUCUCCUGUCUUGCUUUGGCUCAAGAAUUAGGGUUUCAGAGGACCAAUAUAAAAGGCGUUAAAGUGUCGAACCCUUAUUUUCUACCUAUUACAGAGGAACGAACGGCGUCGACGGAGAGAAGCCAUGGUCCACGUCUCGUUCUACCGCAAUUAUGGGAAGACAUUUAAGAAGCCCCGCCGUCCUUAUGAAAAGGAGCGUUUGGAUGCUGAGCUGAAACUUGUUGGAGAGUAUGGACUCCGUUGUAAGAGAGAGCUCUGGAGAGUUCAGUAUGCACUGAGUCGUAUUCGUAAUAAUGCAAGAAUGCUUCUGACCCUUGAUGAGAAGAACCCCCGUCGAAUUUUUGAGGGUGAGGCUCUUCUUAGGAGGAUGAACCGAUAUGGCCUUCUGGAUGAGAAUCAGAACAAGCUCGAUUAUGUCUUAGCGUUGACUGUUGAGAACUUUCUUGAGAGGCGUCUACAGACUCUUGUAUUCAAGUCUGGUAUGGCCAAGUCCAUUCACCAUGCCCGUGUUCUCAUCAGGCAGAGGCAUAUCAGGGUUGGGAGGCAGGUUGUCAACAUUCCCUCAUUCAUGGUACGACUAGAUUCUCAGAAACACAUUGAUUUCUCACUUACAAGUCCAUUUGGUGGUGGACGACCUGGAAGAGUGAAGCGAAAGAACCAGAAGGCAGCCGCCAAGAAGGCUGCUGGAGGAGACGGAGAUGAGGAGGAUGAGGAUUGAAUCGUGGUUCCUUUUGAUAUUUUGCUUAGUAAAAUGAGUAGGAUUUGUUUUUCAGUUAGUUCCAUCAUCAUCCUUUAUUUUGUUAGUUUUGUCUUUUGGGUGCUUCAUUGUAUUGUUCUCUGGACUCAACCAAAUCGUCGUUUUAGCGUUUGAACCUUUGCGGAACUAUAUGUAUCUUUUUGACUUAUAUAAGAAUUUUAUUUUGCUCCUAAUAACACAAAUAUAAGAAUUUAAUUUGA